AACGGGUUAUGUUUUCACAACAAAAGUUUUUCAUUGUGAAUGCUGGAAUCACUUGCAUUUAAUAUAGACUUUUUCACUUCAGUUAGCAUUUUUAUCUGUUUCCUGUUGACAACAAAUGGCCCCAAACUUGAAGUCACUGAUCCUCAUCCCUGCUGCUUUCAUGAGAGGUAAAUCAGUCAAUGCUGUAGGUCCAUUAUAGAUGUGUAUAUGAUCUCAGUCACCAACAAGUAGUUGUAACAUUUUUUUCAGGCUUUUCAUACAAAAACACAUGUACAAAAUACAGGAAUACUAUAUAGCAUGCAUUUCUCUCUUAACCUUUCUUUAUUUUCUGUCAUUCAUUCAUCUUUUGUAACUCCUAGUGGUUGAAUUUAAUAGAUAGAAUAGAAUGCCUUUAUUGUCAUUAUACACAUGUACAAUGAGAUUAAGCCACCACCAGUGUCAGUGCAAAAGAGCAGUAUAAAAAGAUAAAUAAAAGCUCUAAGGUAUAAAAUUAAUAUUUACAAAAUAAACAGGAGUGAAUGUGUAAAUAGUUUCUAAAUGAAUUUCUAAUACAUUUUGUCUUUAAUUUAAAGGUGAUGGCACAUUUAGUUCUUUUUUUUAAGCGUGUUUGCAAAUGCAUUCAGAUUUAAUAUUUUUGAUUGUAAAACAUAGUUCGUUUAAUUUCUGCCCUUCGAUAUUGCUGUUAAUUUUUUUAUACAGAGGGGUCAAAUAAUGAUAAUUCAUGUUUUAAAAUGCGUUAUCCAGUACUGAGUGCUACAGUAUAAUGGUGAGAUUUGUGAAGGUGUAUUCGUUAGAAUUUGUGAAGUUCAAGGAAGUUGCGCUCAGACGUAGUUUGUCCCAAAGCGGCAGUCGUACCUAACUACUGCUCUCCGGAAAUGCCCGUUUCGUUCAACUGCCGUGUACACAUUUUAAGUUCUCAAAUCUGUUAUAUUAAUUUCAGAUACAAUUUAUAAAUCUAAACAGCUCGAAAAGGCUUAUAGUGGAUGGUAUGACGUAACACCAAAUCCCGACUGUCGUCUCCUGGCACAAACGGGACGCGUCGUAGCGUCAUCGCACUGAUCUCAGAUCAGUUCUUUCCGUCCGAGUGGCCCUUUCUGUGCCAGUAUAUGUGUACAUUACGUUUGAAGAGAUGGGGAAUGUACACAGCUACGUUGUCGCCUCUGCGACCGCGUGUUCGCUCUAUGUUAUCUACGCCCACAUCUACUGCUCUCACAAGUUGUUACACAGUCGCGAGUUCAGGAGCGAUCAACUUCCAAGUCCUUCAUAUUUGUGUUUGAGAUAUUUGAUCAGAUCGCUAUCGAGGACGCGAGGUCGUUUGAACGCGACACCUCGUGACCAGGGUGAACUCGUGUGCACCGUCAGUCACAACAAGCUGGAGGACUCAGUGUUGAGGAGGUUCUGCAGAGCAGCUGGCUACGGUUGGGAUUACCCCGACAGUGAAUACAGAGACAUCCCUCUGUGUUUCCCGGAGUUCCUCUGCCUCACUCCUCUGCUCAUCGUGCUGACGGAUAAGAACUUCCGACUCAGUCCUGCUGGUUUGACCCGUGUCAGACAGACUUUGAGAACUCAUCAGCCGGUGGACGAGUUGAAGAAGGGUCCCUUCGUGCUGCAGGUCCAUGUUCUGGAGUACCGUCCUGUUGAUGCGGGUGUGGAGGUGGACGUCCGCCUGUCUGCCAUUUCUCGAUGCCAAAGUCUGGUGUGGGAAAGUGUCCUGACGCUGGUGUCCACGAACAAGCUGAGCACAACCACAAGCACGAAUGAGAAUGAACGUGUAAAGCAGGCACUGGUGUGUGAAGAUGCAAAGCAGGUGAUGGUCAGCGCCCCCUGUGGUAGUGAGCUGCACUACCUCUGGUCCUUCUCUGGUCUCCUCUCCGGACCUGCUCGUCUCCUCGGCCUCAGACUUCACACUGCUCCGAGUCUAUGGAUGCUGUCUGUGUCUCUGGCUGAAGUGGAGAAGCACCAAGGUGUUGGCGUCAUCACAGCGCCAGCCAACGUCUCCGUCCAUUUCAAGAGGCCGCUGCGAGCGCCAGGAAAAAUAAACAUUCAGUUUGGGACACAAGGGAAGGACGGAAGCCUCCUACACUUCCGAAUGCUGCAGCCUCAAGACAACUUGUGCCACAUGGAAGGCGUCAUCUCCAGGUGUCUGUGACAAGUCAGGAUGCAGUCAAGCACAGCUUCACGUCCCAUGUAAUAGGAAAAGUGAAUUGUUUUGUUUGGUGUAAAUAAUGUCUCGCAGGAAAUGCUGGUGUUUUGAUGUGUUUCCACAUGUGCGUAAGUAUUCUCUCACGAGAUUAUGAAAUUUGACAUGAUCACUCCUGUUGAUUUUAGUUAUUUAUUAGUGUGUCUGAAUGUCAAGGCUGUAGUGUUGUUAGUCAGUCUUCUGGUUUCCUGACAGUGUUUUAGCAUCUGGUGAACAAACUAAGCUAAAGCGUAAAGAACAAAUAUAGAGCAAGUGAUAUGAUGAAUUGUGAGCUGAAAAAAUGGUUGAAAGUGAAACGCCUGUGAAUGUUUUCCAAAAUCUCCAUUGAAAGUGAUGAAACAAAUGAGUUGCCAGAAAUAUCUUAUUUAUAAUGAUUUUUAGUUUCAUGAUUGAUUUAUUUUAAGUAUUUAAAGGUGCAAAACAUUUUUUUUAUUGCCCUAUAUACAAAUGUGACCAGCCUAUUUUGUAUUCACAGUGCAAUUCGUUUAAUUGACAGCAGGUGGCAGUAUCAUGACGGAGCGUCGACCAAUGACAGUCACUGAUGACUAGAAGAAGCAGCUCAGGAAAUGAUAAGAAAACCUUCAAAUUUUGUCACAUUAAAGUUGAGUCAUUAGAGUCCUUCGAUAGUAUGUUUUUUAAAAAUCCAAAUCUCUGGUUUGGUGUCAAGGGGGAGAUAUUGAAGCUCAGUGACAAAGUAAAAUGCAGCCUGUAAUGUGAAUAUAUACGUAUUAAAUGAAACAAACUGAAUUACUUCACGACAGUUUAAAAGCUAUGACUGAGGCGAAAAUAUCAAGUAGCUGUGAUGUCACUGAUGUGAGGGGUUUUGUUAAAAAAAAAAACUCCUGCCCACAAGCUGAGCAGGUGUGGUCUCGUUGUUCACUGCUCGUAAUGAUGUUCUGCGCGUGUGUGUUCCCCU